AUGGCUGGUGAAGCACCUGUUAUUCCUCUGCUUACACCCUACAAGAUGGGAAAUUUCAAUCUAUCGCAUAGAGUUGUGUUGGCCCCAUUGACGAGACAGAGAUUUUACAAUGAUGAUCCUCAGCCACAUGUUGUCUUAUAUUACUCUCAACGAACUUCCAAAGGGGGUCUUCUCAUUGCUGAAUCUGCUGCUAUUUCUAACACUGCUCGAGCGUAUCCAAGAACGCCAGGAAUAUGGACGAAAGAGCAAGUGGAAUCAUGGAAACCAAUUGUGGAUGCUGUUCAUGACAAAGGUGGUAUCUUCUUUUGUCAGAUUUGGCACGCUGGAAGGGUUUCAAGUUCAGAGUUUCAGCCAAAUGGAGAAGCCCCAAUUUCUUGCACAAACAAGGGAGUGACUCCUCAAAUUCGAAGUAAUGGCAUUGAUGUUGCACAAUACACACCUCCAAGAAAGUUGAGAACAGAUGAAAUUCCACAAAUAAUCAAUCACUUUAGAAUCGCAGCAAGAAAUGCUAUGACAGCUGGUUUUGAUGGGGUUGAAAUACAUGGGGCCCACGGUUACCUUCUUGAUCAAUUUAUGAAAGAUAAGGUCAACAUUCUAACAGACAAAUAUGGAGGAUUAUUAGAGAAUCGUUGUCGAUUUCCAUUGGAGGUCGUUAAAGCAGUUACUAAUGAGAUAGGAGCAGAGCGAGUUGGAAUCAGAUUAUCUCCUUUUUCAAAUUAUUGUGAAUGUGAAGAUUCCAAUCCUCAAGAACUUGGCCUAUACAUGGCAAAUUCUUUAAACGAAUAUGGUAUUGUGUAUUGCCACGUGGUAGAGCCAAGGAUGAAGACUAUUGGAGAAAAAGUUAAGAGUCAAUACAGUCUUAUGCCCAUGAGAAAGGCCUUCAAGGGCACAUUCAUCAUUGCCGGAGGCUAUGAUCGAGAAGAUGGCAACAUUGCGAUGGCAGAAGAUAGGGCGGAUCUUGUUGCUUAUGGACGGUUGUUCUUGGCAAAUCCUGAUAUGCCAAAGAGAUUUGAACUUGAUGCCCCUCUUAACAAAUACAAUAGAGAGACAUUUUAUACUCUUGAUCCUGUUAUUGGUUAUACUGAUUAUCCAUUUCUUGAAACCAAUUCUUAG